CUAGCAGUUUGUUCUUCUGAUUUUAUUUCCUGCCCCGUGAAGGUUGCACGAAGUGCUGCUGGCGCACAGGGAUUUCUUGCCCUGGAAUACAUCUCCGUGACACACCAGCAACAGUGCGGGAAGACAAAGCAUGAAAACGACACAGGCCAUCCGAUAUGCCGUCCGUCUGAACUAUGGACAGGCUAACGAAGUCGCUGCAAAGUCCACGGAUCGUUACACCACCAGGUCAGCGGCCCUACUCGCAGCGCUCGGCAUUGGACUGUCUUCGUUCAGCAUGAAACAAAUGCUAACAAAACCGACCAAAAGGAAAUUGUAAGGACA